AUGAUUCCUUCAGAGCAGCCAGUGGUGGAGGAAAAUGCUUUGCAGAUAAUGGAGAAGAUAAUCGAUUGCGGAAUCCUUGAAUCGAGCCCGCUGGGGUGGAGGGUCGCAAGAACUCGUACGGUCAAUGAUGUGUCCGAUGAUGGGUGGAAUACGGAAGAUGAUGAUGUCGAGUUACAGGCAGCCAUUCUCAGUUGUGGAAUUUUGGAGGCAUCGUUGCAUUGUAGGACAGAAGAUAAAUGUCCGCGGGCAAGUCCAAAAAAGAAGGUUGUCAAACCAAAAGCCGAUCGAGGAGGAACAAAUCAGAAGCAAGUAUUUGCUAUGCAGGAAGUGGAAUCCUUGACUCAGAUUCUGCAACCUAAUCGUGGAAAAUGUACCGUUCAUGCCACUAUGGACCCAAUCCUUGAGGAACCACUAGUCAUACAGCAGGGGGAUAAUUCACCUCGAAAUAUACAUGCUGCCCCUGUCAAGUGGAGGGGUGCAAAGUCUUAUCAAGAUCCAACAAGUGAUCAGCGUUAUGACGAGGGAACGACUAUAGAUGAAGAUACGUGCACCGAACUCCAGGCUGCCAUAGCAGCAUGUGGGAUUUUAAACGAUGGGGAAGCUGCAAAUGGAAGGAAGGUCACGUUAUGCAAGCAGCCCAAUGAAGCGAAGCGACAGUGGGGACGGCCAACAACACGACCUGUGAGACAACAGGAUAAACAUAGGUUCAUUAAUCCAUACCGUCCACAUAUGGGUGAGCGCCCUCAUCAGUAUGCAGGAAAUGGUCUACUGGAUGAGGAAGGAAUGACUGCAGAUGUCAAUAUCACUGAACUACAGGCUGCCAUAGCAGCCUGUGGAAUUUUGGAUGAUGGUGCCAUUGCACAUGGACGGAAUGCCGCGGUGGAGAAGCAACGGAAUGGAACUAAGCGUCAGUGGGGAAGGCCAAAGAAAAAAUGGGUGAGACAACAGGAUAAUCGAGAUAUUGAGGCAAUGCAUAUAAACGGUCAGGGUGAGGCACAGAACCGCAUAAAUGGUGGUGGAGGUCAGGUCCUCCACGCCAGUAUUCGUGCAGUUCCUGUUAGACCUGUGAAGCCACCGAAUACCGCUAAGCGACAGCGGGGAAGGCCAAAGAAACGAGCGACGAGACAAAAACAAAAUAGUAGGUCCAUUAAAAUACCAUCAUGGUGGAAUAUCGAGUCGGUCUACUCAGGAAACAUUGAUAUAGACGGUGAGAAUGAGACACAAACUCGCACCAUUGAUGCACAACUACAAGAUGCAGAUGCUAUCACACCAGAUAAAAACGAUAGAGGUGCGAUUGCAAUACACACUGUUAUGACGAUAGAAGAAGAUGUGGUUGAUGGUUGUGCAGACACAGAGCCCAGACAUGGCAGUGAAUGCCCUGAGGGAUUGUCAGGACGUCGAGCCUUUUCAGCGAUGGUGGUCAUCAUGUCCCAGGGGGGGCACGAUCAUGUUCCAGAUGACAACACUAUGGAGGGCAACCACGAAAACAAAGCCGGAGAGAGUGAGCACCAUAAUUCUGUUGGAUAUGACGCAGAUGAUGACUACCGACCAACAUCCAUGCCGCCUCAUGAAGAUACACGAUCCAUUUCACCUCAGAGGGUUCAUACUCCACCGAUGAUACUCAGUCCGGAAGACAUUGCAUCUCAGGCGAUGGCGCGACCAGGGCGAUGGAUGGAUGUUGUUGAAAAUAUCCCCACGCUCAGGGUAGACACAUGGCUGGAUUCACAGGUUGCCAACUACUAUCUGGCUCAUGCCUGGUAUGAUAGGCUGGGACGAGUCAAAGUCAGAUUUGUCGACAUGUUCGCUGCUGGUGGGACAACCCAAUGGACUGAUGAAGAACUGGAGCUCUUCAGGAUGGAUCACUUUGUCCCUAGUGACGCUUGCUCGGUACUAGAGCAAGCUCUCAGCUUUGGGCUGGAUGAUCAUGGCGAUCUCCCUCUGCAAUCAUUUCAUAUACCAUGCGGUCACAUACUGCGGAUAGCUAUGUUGAAAGUUGUUGCAGGUCGAAUCAAGAAGAGCUGCAGUGACUACUUGAUGCUCCGCGAUGAACUCCAAGCUGAUAUGUGGCACCACAUUUACCUAAGCGACGAUGACAUUCACGCCAUCGAGACUGGACAGCAUCAGGCCAGAUGUGUAACCAUGCUUCAUGCUUUGUAUGUCGCCAGUGCAACAUGCGAGAACUGCCACCGCUCCCCUGCACUCCAAGUCAUCCAAACUCCAACCAGUACCAAUCGGCAUGUAGAAGGCGAUUACACUCAUUAUUCCACCUCUGACAUCGACGAAGAGGGUGACAACGAAGCAGACAAUCAAUUCCCGGGAGACAUGGUCUCUGAUACUCGGAAGGCGAAUCUUUUGAAGCUGUUGAAAUCGAAUAAGGAAUUGGCUGGGUCACGCGAUCGCAAUGCUAUAUCUCCACAUGCUGUUGGAACACAUAUCCCAGUGGCUCCUGAUGAAAAUCCUGAACUCGGUAACACAGCGGAUUCACAGAGGUCUGCAUUCACCAGAGCUUCUCGCAAAAGGGUCUCAACUUGGAGUCAGGGGGUCAUGGAGCGAUUCCCUCGUCCAACUACAGCGGUGCCACUGCCGGCCUACAUGGGACGCAGAUGGUUGAUGGACGACAGGACAUUCGAUGAUUAUGAGGGUGGCCCUACCAUAGAGAUGUUAAUGGCUCCUGUUGAUGUCCAGCCAACCAUGGUAUACCAUUCUGUGGGGAUGGAGAUGUCUGCGGGGUGGACAGCCUGGGUCGACCAUGGAUACAGGAUCAGGCCAAGUUCAUUCCAAAUGUUUUAUCAAUGCCGGCCCAUCGUCACCAUGGACUACAUCAUGCCAAUCGGUACCACCGAACUCUAUGACCCCUCAAACCAGGUUCCCGAUCAUGUGACAGGCAGAUAUAGCUUGGAUAGGUCAGGGUCCAACAAUAAUGUAGAUGUAAAUGAUGUCAUCUGCAUGUCAGCUUCUGAGAUGAUCCGAUUGGCACAAGAUGAUCCACCUCUCGACCGGCAUUCUGUGUCUGGACACGAGAUCUUUCUGUGUGGCCGCACUAGUUUUUCAGAUGGUGCCAAAUACAUAUGCGUCGAUCUAGAACGAGACGCUGUCGAUGUUGAUGAACGCGACAUCGAGGUCUCUGUGGACAUAGACAGCAUCAUCUGGGUUACCAGUGAAUUCCGAAUCAAGGGAACCAUCGGAAUUUAUAUGACGCCGCUCUUUCAGUCACGGCCAGGGAUCUUCAAGCACAAUCACACAUCCAUCGAUAUACUGAUUCCCCAGUCAGAAGAGGAUUCAAAUGCGCCUGGAGGCAGGACAGAGUGGCUAUCCAAGCGGUUCAACAUGUCGGCCAUCCCCCACAUUUGCAUUGGACGCAUCUCCAGCGCCUCAUCGAUUCUAAACAUAUACCUGAUGUUCCCUCGAAUGAUCCAUCAACACCCAGUCAAUGGUAGAUCAAUCACAUUAAUUCCGCAGGACAUUGUACACAUAUUCUAUGACAUGGUCCUACUCCCAUCUAUCAGCCACUCCAGCGACGUCAGCUGGGAGCCUUACCUAAAGCAAACCCUUGAGGAGGCAAGAUACAAGAACAGGGGUGCUGCUGGUCGUUCAGGCGGACGUGGAGCUCCAAAAACCAUUCCUCUGUCUAAUGAUGACUUUAUAAAGGUCCAAAAACGGAUGCACGAGAUCAUCGCAGAUGGACUCAAGCAGUUGAGCAUGUAUGGCUCAUGUUUCUUUGUGCUCGAGGGGAAAGGAAUCAAGCUCCUCACAAAGGACGGCCAGAGAGACCUUGAUUGGAAUCAUAUGCAGGAUAGGACACACGGGGAGUUGUUGGUCGACGUGGGUGUGUCAUUUACACCAUGUGAAUUAACUGUUCCCAUGGUUGGCGUUUGGAGAUUAGAUGCCUUGGAAGCCUCAUUUGGAGCAGGGGGGUACAAACAAGGAGAGAUGCAUCAUCAUAACACACUCUCCCAAUACGGUGCAAUACAGGCCGAGAUGCAACAGGAGAGAGCUCAUCAGACACAUGUCGCAUUCAGGAGCGCGUACAACCUAUACUACGAAGCUGUGCGGACUACCAGCAAUGAAGUGAGCUUCGCUGCUGACAGCGAUGCUUACAAAUUGUCUCCAUCAUACAUGGUGGAAUGCUCUGAGAUCACGAAGAUUUUGACUGGGUGCAAGAGAAAGACCUAUGGAGUUUGGGACGAGUACAGAGUGGAAGAGUACGUACGAUCUCAGCCGAUACUAUGGAUACCAUCCAAGGUAUGGUUCGAGUUCAUCACGAGGCGAGUGCGGGAGAUUCAGAGGACUCAAAUCGCCAUUGUUAAGAAAAACCCACCAAACCUGGGUGUCCUCACUGGCAUCCUUAAUCAUAUGCUCCGGGCCACGACAUCAACUCCUAUCGUCUUUGACAGUCACGUGCGAGAGUCUCUCGCUCUGAUCAAUUAUAAGACAGUGUUAGAGACUGCAGGCAUGCUGUUCCUCCAAGAGUUUGACAUUUCCAGCACGACAUGCCUGGACGAGGUGCAGCAGGUCGAUGAUGUACAUGUACUCGCUCUGAUGGGGGUAAAUGCAAAGGCGCAGAGAGACAGGGCAAUUGGAAAAGCGGUUGAAUGUAGAGAUGUCGAUUCAGAACCGGAGGAGUUUCCCAUUGGCAGGACACCAUCAUGGAGACGUCUGAAGGCCGCCAUAGAAAACAUUCCGGCGGUAAUCAUGAGGCAUUGGACAUGGCCUGCGAUGCUUUCCAACACCUCACUAUCAGUCGAACGGAUCUUUAUAAUGUUCACCAGGCAGAUAUGGCUGAUGCCCAUAGAUGGCGUGUUUAAGGGGAUCAGGCCAUACCCUACAUCGCUUCAGGACGCAAUGAGGUGUUGGACGGUAACAAGCGUGGACGAUACCCUUGCGUCUGUCACUUUCGAAGCCUGCAAUGUCGGAAUACAAAACCGUGUGGGAAUUACUCCAGCAAAGAAGGAUGGUUCACAAUGGGAUCAGAUGUGGAAAGGAGAGGGAUAUAUUGCUGCUUAUCACCAGAUUCUGGGUGAAAUGGAAGAGACACGACGAUCAGCGCUCCGCAACGAACUACGCGAAGUCUUUUCCAACCUCCAUUGCCUCCCUGCAAGCAGUGGGGCUCAGGUCUGGAAGGUCAGACAAUCAGCAGCAGUAUUCGUCACCAACCCGGUAUUCUAUAAGAUGGACUGCCUCAGGAACCCGGAUAAUAACAGAACGAGACAGACUACGAUCCAUCGUCCAAUCAAGAUUCUCAAAGGGAAACGUGUAUUUGCAGCGGACCUCAUAGACUCAACACAUUUCGAUUCCCGUGGGAAUAUUAAAUUGCAGACUGACAGGCAAAAACGUCGAAGCCUGAUGAAAAAGAUUACGAUGACAAACAAGAACAAGAGGAUGCCUCCCCCACCACGUGCUCGGAAAAUCAGGCCAUUUCCCUUGGCUAGAGAAAAAGAGUUGAAUGACACCCUUCGGGUGGCUCUUACAACAUAA